AUGGCAGUCGGUACACAGUCCUUCCUUCACCUCGCGCGGCCACUCGCCCCAGCUUCCAUUGGUGUUCAGCCCACAACCGCACCUUUAAAUGUCAUAAUUCAACCUCAAGCCGUAUUCUCGAUUCUCGACCAUGCUAUCCGUCGCGAUACCAGUGUGACACAAACCCCCCGUGUUAUCGGAGCCCUCCUCGGAAUCCGUUCUGAAGAUGGUAUGGAAUGUGAAGUCCGCAACUGUUUCGCCAUUCCCCACACCGAGACCGAAGACCAAGUCGAAGUCGACGUCGAGUAUCAAAAGAACAUGCUCGCUUUACAAUUGAAGGCCAAUCCUCGCGAAGUUCUUUUGGGAUGGUAUACGACUUCUCUUGAACUCAACAGCUUCAGCGCCUUGAUCCAAAACUUCUUCGCCAGUCCUGAGACCGGUACUUUCCCUCACCCAGCUGUUCAUUUGACGGUCAGCACUGAGGCUGGAAAGGAGAUCGAGGCAAAGGCAUAUAUUAGUGCACCUGUUGGUGUAAAUGCCGAGAGGGCAGCUGAGAGCUGUCUUUUCAUCCCAGUACCAUAUGAGAUCCGAUAUGGUGAAUCUGAGAAGAGUGGCUUGGAGUUAAUCUCUGGUGCCAAGGAUAGCGAGAGCCGUGCUGCACCAGUAGUUUCUGAUAUUGAAGGUUUGGAGCGAGCUGUUGACCAAACCCUCGAUCUUUUGGAAAGAGUAUCCGAAUAUGUCAGUUCAGUCUUGGACGAGGAGAGAGAACCCUCAAAUGCUCUUGGUCAAUUCCUCAUGAACGCAUUGUCCUUAGCACCAAAGGUUGAUGCUGCAGAUAUUGAACGUGACUUCAACAACCACAUCCAAGAUGUCCUGGUCGUAUCUUACCUCGCCAAUACCAUCCGCACCCAAAUCGAACUUUCUCAAAGAUUGGCAACCGCAACUCUUACCAUGGGAGGCUCAGAUGUUCUUGCCGCAGCCGGCAGUGGAGAAGGAGGAGAUAAGUCCGAGCAACGUGGACAGAGAGGUGGCAAGCGUGGAGGAAGAGGAGGCGGCAGAGGAGGCGGACAAACACGAGAGCCAAGAGAGCCCCGGGAACCCGCUGAGUAG